AUGCUAGAUGAUGCUCUGUGGGCAUACCGGACUGCGUACAAGACACCGAUAGGGAGUUCUCUUUAUCGAAUGGUGUUUGGAAAAGUGUGUCAUCUACCAGCUGAAUUGGAGCAUAAGGCAUACUGGGUGAUCAAAAAGUUUAAUCUGGAUGCUAAGUUAGCCGAAAGGAAGAGAAUAACGCAGCUGGAUGAGUUAGAAGAGUUCAUGCUUCACACCUAUGAAAAUGCUAAGUUGUACAAAGAGAAGACCAAGAGGUGGCAUGACAAGCAUAUUGUGUCACACACCUUUGAGCCUGGUCAAUUAGUGUUGUUGUUUAACUCAAGGUUAAAGUUGUUCCCCAGAAAGCUUCGAUCUAAAUGGAGUGGCCCUUUUGAAGUUGUGAGAAUGACUCAACAUGGUUCGGUGGAACUAAAGAACAAGGACAAGAGCUCUACUUUCCUUGUGAAUAGACAAAGGGUCAAGCACUAUUUCGAGAAUGAUAUGGAUCGUGAGCUUGGAGCGCUCAUAUUGAAUGAUGAAUAA